AUGAGCGCACAAAUAAAUUCCACAGCGUCCCCACAAUCGUUGGACCACCUUCUUUCCAACUCUGAUCCUGUUCAAUCGUCUAUUCGUCGCAAUUCCGCCAUGGGUUGGAGCAAGUCUUCUUCACCAAUAACUAGCACGGGCACAACGCCUCUUCGGAUUGCAAAGCGUGAUAGCUCCAAACCAGCUUUCCCUCUUGUCGCACGUCGAUCUUCAUCCAGUUACAAACAUCUCAGAAAUAACAAUCUUGUUUCCAAAUCUCCUUUCAAGUCUCAAAUUCCAACACCACCCAGACCCUCCACUUCUUCACACAGCAGCAUCCCCCUCCCUAGACCCACGCCACGUAGGGUCAGUGGCGAGAAGCGCCCCCGCCCCGACUCUAUGCAUGACCAAGCUGAAAACGAGCGUCCAUUUGCCCUCAAGCGGGAGCGCCGUCAAUCCAAGGUCUACCAGGGACUCAUAGAUACGGAGCCUGUAACAAAGAGCCCCUUCAAACGUCCUCCUGGCGCUCAGGAAGAAACACCACCCCCCGUACCUCCCAAGGCCAUCCCUAUUCCUAUUCCACCAAUUCCGGGGCCUUCCCCUAAUAGAAGUGCAAAUCCACCGAAGGCGAUUACCCCCACCCGCUCAUCGCUCGUUAACAAACGUUUUCAUGGUCCUCGAACUGCUGACCAUCCCUCACUCGAACGCAAGCGCCAGAGACGAGUGAGAUGGAAAGAACGUUGUGAUGUCCUUGAAUUUGACCGCGUGGAAGGCGAAAAUGAUCCCUUCUAUUCUGAUGAAGAUGAC